UUUCAUAAUUACUCAACUACAAUGGAGGAUGCGAUGCACACUAACGAGAGUGGUGGGGGGUUGUUGAUAUAGAUAUCGUAUUUACUUUCAAACGACAGUCGUAUCGUUUCCCCAAAAUGAAUCCAAGCUGGAGAGGACGUCCCCCGUUCAACAGGCCACCAUUUCUACAACGUGACAGGCCAAAUUUCCACGGCCCCAGACCAACAAGAGGAGCCCAUGCAUAUGGCUACCACGAAUAUGAAGCAGGUGUUGGUCAUGAAAGAUAUAACGAGGGGCCAUAUGCGAUUCCACCCAGAGUUAGAAAAUCAAGAUGGUCAGAUUCCACAGAUCAAUUGCCAGAUUCUUACCAAUAUGAAAGAACUGAAAUGGCCAGAGGUGCACAUCUGCGUUAUAGAGCACCACGACCAUCUCUAUUCCCUCCAUCUAAUUAUACAGACCAGGUGACUCGUCAGUACCCAAUGUCAGCUCAUCGAAGUAAUGAAUUCAUUAAUGAUGAGAUUCCUGAAUCCUACCAAGAACAGAAUUCAACUGUCGGUCCUUGUGGAUAUGAUCAGCAAGGACACAGUUCAGCAGAUGACAAAUCGAGCAAUCAAGACAAGGCUGAAGAAACAAAGAAUUUGGGGCCAGAAUCAGACAACAGUAAUCAGAAGAAAAGAAUGAUGGAAGAAGAUUCAAAUAAAAGCACUGGCAAUAUGAAAAAAAAAGUCCGUAAAUUCUGUGAAGUUUGCAACAUGCUAUUCAUCAGCCCAGAGGCAUUAGAAAAACAUCAAAGUGGUCUAGUACAUCAACAAAAAUUAAAAGAGAUUGAAGAAUCUGAGAAAAAAGAAACAGCAAAGAAAGAUGAUGAUGAAGAAGAAGAUGAUGAUGAUGAUGAUGACGAAGAUACGUCCUACUGCAAAUAUUGUAAUCAGUCCUUCACUGACGCAACCAGUUUUUAUAAACAUACCAGGGGUAUGCUUCACACACAGAAUCUCAUGGCAGCGGAGAGUAACAAAGAGAGGGAGAUUUCAGAGGAACAGGGCCCUUUCACCACUGUCACCACUAAAUCAGCUAAAGAGGAAACCAAAGACAUCAAGGUUGAACCUGUUCCUCUGCCGGAGAGAGACGAUGAAGACAACUGGAUGGAUUUGGAUAUAAAAGAAGAGAUUCCACUGGAGGAGAGGGAUUACACUCCCGAGGACAUUGUGUCAAAGACAGAUAACUUUUUACAUUGCACGGUUUGCAAUGUCACCUGUUCUGGGGAAACACCGAUGAGGCAGCAUUUGGAGGGUGCUAAACACAGAAGUAAAGUAACAAAACUAAACGAAGACGACUCUGCUGUGGUGUCCAAGACGAAGGCUAAUGAAACUCGGCCCAAAUUGAUUGACGUAUCUAUAGAAGCCAUGAUCACUAAAACUCUUGAAAAAAGCAAUACUUAUUUAAUAGGCCUACAGUAUGUGACUGAAUUCCAGCCCGAAGAGGGGAAUCCCAGAUACGUUUGUAACCUGUGUGAAUCCAAGUGUGAUAAGAACACUCUACUUAAUCAUCUAUCUGGUGUCAAGCACAGGAUGAAGUACUUUAAAUUCAAUCAUAAUGACAUCUAUCAACAUCUGAAUACUAACAUGAAUAGCAAGAAGAAAUCUGACUUGAAUUUAAGUUCUGAGGCUUUUGCAGCGGAUAUUAUAGACAAGUACGGUCAACAGAAGGUUAAAGUGAAAUUGGAAAUUAGCCAAAGGUCUACAAUGGUAGCAGAAGCCAUCCUGAAGCGCAGUGGUGUAGAUGUUACGGAUUCUUCAGUGGCAGACUUUAUCAAAAAGAAGAAAGCACUGAAGCAUGUUAGAAAUGAGGAUGACAGCGAUGGAGAUGUUAGUCCGCUGAAAAAAAUACCUAAACAGGAGAAAGUAGAGCAUGAACCACAAGGUGAUGUAAGUACAGCCACAAGAGGUCGUGGAAAAACCUUAAAAGGUCGGGGGAAAACCUUAAAAGGUCGGGGGGAAACCUUAAAAGCCAUCAGAGAAGGAGGAGAUCUGUCAUCUACCACAAGUGUUGGGAGAAAGCUGAAGAGUUCGGCAGGGUAUCCAUACCAGUUAGGAGGAAGAGAUGAACACGAGGAUCCAGAAGAGGAUCCAUAUUUAAGGGCAAGGAAAAGAAAGGAACGAUACGACUACGAUGAUGAUGAGAGUUUUUGGAAGAAAAGACAGGUUUUUGAUUACGGACAUCGUGAUACGUCACCAACGCCUAGUGAAAAGCAAGUGUUUGAGUAUGAUAACAAAUCAUUGCCAGGAGGGAAACAAGUUUUUGAUUAUGACAAUAAGUCGUUAAGGCCAGGAGAAAAACAAGUUUUUGAUUAUGACAAUAAGUCAUUAAAGCCAGGAGAAAAACAAGUUUUUGAUUAUGACAAUAAGUCAUUAAAGCCAGGAGAAAAACAAGUUUUUGAUUAUGACAAUAAGCCGUUAAGGCCAGGAGAAAAACAAGUUUUUGAAUACAGCAAUAAAUCAUCGAAACCGAGCAAAGUACAGGCUUGUGAUUACAGUGAAACUUCCACAAGACAAAGAACAAAAUUGGUGUUUGAUUAUGACGACACAGAAGAGAUGUCAGAUGAGGAUUACAGAGACGAAUCGUCUUCUCCAAAUAGUGAGACAGAGAUGUUUGAUGUAGAUUACAGGGACAAAUCGUCUGCUACAAAGGGUAAGAAAGAGGUGUUUGAUAUGGAUUACAGGAAAAAAACGUCAAACAUUGAACAGAAACAGGAGUCCAAUUUUCAGAAAAAUCACAAAGGUCAAAGUCAUAAUGAGGACAAAGUGAAUUCGAAACAAGUGACAGCAGAAGAUGAUUUCGCGGAAAGUGAGAGACUUUUUAGGGAGUUCAUGAAAUGGAAGAAGGCAGCAGCUUUAUCCAGCAGUAGUAUUGAUCCUAGUACCACUGUCACAACCAAGACCAGUGCAAUUAACUCCCAGACAACCCUACCUCCAGUUACAGGAACUCAGCCUACAGCCUCAGUGACAAGUCAAGUUAACAUCCCUGCAGCACCCCAUCAACUCAUCCAAACUAUGCCUAUGAUCCCAGGUUCUUCUGGUCAAGUUCCGUACCAGUUUUUGACACCACCUCCAGUUCAUCCACUUGGUCAAGUGCCACAGCAACAGCAGACUCAACCUCUGGUUCAACCACUUGGUCAAGCUCCGAACCGACAUAUGGUUCAACCACUUGGUCAAGCUCCGAACCGACAUAUGGUUCAACCUCUUGGUCAAGCUCCAAACCGACAUAUGGUUCAACCUCUUGGUCAAGCUCCAAACCGACAUAUGGUUCAACCUCUUGGUCAAGCUCCGAACCGACAUAUGGUUCAACCACCUGGUCAAGCUCCAGUUCAACCGUUUAUUCAAGCUCCAAACCAACAUAUGGCUCCACCUCCAGUUCGGCCGCUUGUUCAAGGCCCGCAUCAACAGCAUAGUCGACCUCCAGUUCAACCAUUCGUUCAAGCUUCUCAACAACAGCAUACUCGACCUCCAGUUCAACCACUUGUUCAAGCUUCGCAACAACAGCAGCUUCAACCUCCAGGUCAACCACUUAUACGUGCUCAGAACCCACAAGUUGUUCAAUUUUCCCCUCAACAGUUUGCUCAAGUUCCAGCCCCACAGCCUGUGCCACCCCCUUCCAAGCAGCCUGUUCCGUCUUCAAAAUCAAAAAAGCCUGGAGUAAAAGAAACAGAGGAAAUUCCUGAGAAAGUCAAUGAAAUGCUUGGAGCUCUGUCCCAGACUCUGAUUAACAGUGAGGACGAAGCUGCCAUGGCUCUCCAAGUGUCAAAUACUCUAACUCAGGCCUUGUUAAAGUUCCGCUUGAUGAAGGCUCCUGUACAGAUGGGAAAAUCCACCAAGGGGGACCCCCAGAGCCAAGCCAUUCAGGAACAGAAUACAAUGAUGAACCAGCUUGCCCAGCAUCACAUGCAAAACAUGGCCAAAGAACAGCAAGGCAAGAGCCAUCAAACAGACAAUAAACCCCCGAAAUCUUCCCGCGUCGAGACUUUUCCACCUCCUAUGGCUAGUGGUAAAGUUCCUGCCCAUCUGGUGUCUCCGCAGUCACAACCUGGGUUUGUACCAUCUUCUACCGGACCGAUGUCACGGAAUCAAAUACAGAACACUGGACAGUAUACUGAACCACGGUUUCCGAUAGGAGCACAACAGUCACAACCUGGGUUUGUACCAUCUUCUACCGGACCGAUGUCACGGAAUCAAAUACAGAACACUGGACAGCAUACUCAACCACGGUUACCGAUAGGAGCACAACAGUUCAAUGCUUAUAGCUUAAAGGGGGAACGAGGGGAAGUCAAAGAAGAGGAAAUGAAAGCAUGGAAAGAAUCGCUGAGGAGACAGGCUUUGGCUAAUGCUCAAUCACUUCAACAGCCUCCUCUUCCUCAGGAAAUGCCCCCACCACCACCACCUCAACAUCCCUACCCAAAGAAACCAUUACCUCCCCUCCCCAAGGAACCACCACCUUCACAGAAACGUGUGUUCCGAUCUCCAGUCUGCAUGAAAGUGGAAAAUGUCAAAACCAGGGGAAAACAAUUUCAGCAACCUCCCCAACCUCCAAAUCAUUGACAACCAAAAAGCUGAUACAUCUCAAAACCAUACUCUCCCAAAAGAGGAUGGACUCUAGUCGUAAAACUGUUCAGCUGUGAGUCGCAGGUCGACCAGAUGUGAAUGAUUAUGCUAUCGGACAGUGACAUUGUUAACACUAAGCAUCCAGGUGUAGUGUCGGACACCCGGGGGGGGGG